CUUUUUGUAUUAUAAUUUCAUGGAUGGCUCCGUGUAGCCUCAUUCUUGAUCUUAACACAUCACAUAUAGAUAAUCUUAAGAUGACAGUAGUAUUAUUCAGCAUUACUUAUGUUUUUGGAACCAAUCUCUGUUUUUCACCUCUCAUGUAGAACUGCUACUUGAGAUAGGUAAUUGCUCUGAAUUUUUCUAAUCCAUUUCUUGGUUAUGUUCAAUGUAUUCAGAUAAUGGUGUGCGGCAAAAUUCUCAACGAUUAGAAAAUCAUGUUGUCAAAAUUCCACCAGAUCCCUCUCCUGCAUCAAAACAACCUAAUUCUCCAGUUGGCAUUCCUAUGCCCCAAACACCACGUUUGCCUCAUGUGAACAAUAAUGCAGUUUUUGCAUACAAUUCCAGAUCUAAGAAUCCAAUCUCACCACAAUUAUCUUUCUCUGACUUUUCAAUGUUCACGUUCACAUAUGAAGAAUUAGCAAUGGCAACCAAUGACUUCUCAGAAACUAACUUGCUAGGAGAGGGUGGUUUUGGGUAUGUACAUAGAGGAAUCCUCCAAAAUGGAAAAGAAGUUGCUGUUAAACAGCUUAAAGAUGGAAGCUCACAGGGGGAGCGUGAAUUUCAGGCAGAGGUUGAGAUUAUAAGCCGUAUACACCACAGGCAUCUUGUUUCCUUGGUUGGGUUCUGCAUUGCUGGAGCCCAAAGAAUGCUCGUUUAUGAGUUUGUUCCAAACAAAACAUUAGAGUUUCACUUACACGGAGAGGGGAGACCUACCAUGGACUGGACUACCAGAUUAAAAAUUGCUCUGGGCUCUGCAAAGGGACUUGCAUACUUACAUGAGGACUGCAAUCCUAAGAUCAUUCAUCGUGAUAUCAAAGCAGCUAAUAUCCUUCUCGACUUUAACUUUGAGGCAAAGGUUGCAGAUUUUGGGCUUGCAAAGGUUAUUUCUGAUGCUCACACUCAUGUUUGCACCCGAGUAAUGGGAACAUUUGGGUAUAUGGCUCCAGAAUAUGCGUCAAGUGGGAAGCUCACAGAUAAAUCUGAUGUCUUUUCUUUUGGAGUCAUGUUGCUAGAAUUGAUUACAGGACGGCGGCCUGUCAUAUCUGUGAAGUCCUUCAUGGAUGAAGGCUUGGUAGAUUGGGCGAGACCUAUGCUCAUGCGAGCUUUGGAAGAUGGCAACUAUGACACUCUUGUUGAUUCAAAGUUGCAGAAGGAUUAUGAUUCUUUUGAGAUGGGAAAUAUGAUCGCCUGUGCUGCUGCUUGUGUACGCCAUUCCGCCCACCUUCGACCGCGCAUGAGUCAGGUUAUUCAUGCCUUGGAAAAAGACAUUUCUCUGGCUGGUUCAGAAGAUGGUGCGAGAUCAGAACGCAAAAUGGUCAAUGGCUCCCAUGGAAGCAUAGAGUAUGACACUCUCCAGUACAAGGAGGACAUGAAUAAAUUCAGGAAAAUAGCACGGGGCAGCAUGCAGCAUGGAGACGAUAAUUAAGGUGGAUUAACCCAGGAUCUGGUUUGCAGUCUGCACCUGAGUCAAUUAGCAAAGGCCAAUCCAACUCAUGAUUCACAUUCAAAGCCUGCUUCCAUGAACUACCCUUGUACAUUACCUUGAAUAUGAGAGUGUAAAUCAAAUAAAAAAAAAAUUGAGAGCGUAAAUCAACAUUUUGUUUAUAUUUUGUAGGAGGCAUGAGAUCAUCUAUUGAAAUUCAAUUUCAGAAUAUAUGUUUUGUAAUCUAAUCUGUUAUUCAAGCAAGUCCAACCUUAUCAGGUUUUUUUUUUAAUUAAUUCAUUAGUGUUCAACA